AUGGCCUUCUCUUCUUGCCUUUGCCAAUCUCCACUCUCACCCAAGAUUGACUGCGGCAAGAAGAUUGUCAGGCCUUGGAGUAGUGAUGGAAGGAAACAAAGGUUCACUUUUUCACUCGGAAGUAAUAGCACAGAACUUGUUGGUCAACAGCUUGUGACAGUGGGAGCUCACUUACACAAGCACUGGAGUUUUGUGGGAGGUUCAAGAGUUACUGUGAGACCAGAACUUGAGAGAUCCAUUCCACUUCGAAAAAGCUCAGGAGUAUAUGCAGCAUGGUUGUCAACUUCUCAAAUUGCUAGCACUGCUUUUACUUUGGGAACAACUGCAGUUCUCCCAUUUUACACCCUCAUGGUUCUGGCACCUAAAGCUGAACUAACGAAAAUUUCUAUGGAAAGUAGUAUACCGUAUAUUGUCCUUGGCAUUCUCUAUGCUUAUCUACUGUACCUCUCUUGGACUCCUGAAACACUUCAGUUGAUUUUCGCAAGUAAAUACUGGCUUCCUGAGCUGCCUGGUAUGGUAAGGAUGUUUUCCAACGAGAUGACAUUAGCUUCUGCUUGGAUUCACUUGUUGGCUGUUGAUCUCUUUGCUGCAAGGUUUUUCGCGAUGGACAGGAAAACGAAAUUGAGACCCGGCAUUCAGUUUCUCUUUGCCUCUUUUUCUGCCCCAUUGGAAUUGUUACUCAUGUCAUUACCAAAGCACUGA